AUGAAUAAAAUAAUAGUUUUUUUAAUCUUUUUUUUAUCGAUUAUAAAUAUAAUACAAUGUCAAUCACCUUACCCUUAUAAUACAACAUUAGGUUGUUCAAUGUAUGGCGUUUCAUCUUCAUUUGUUGAAGCAAAAGAUUUUCCACCAUUAAAUAAUACGGAAAUCGCACCAAAUACAUGUCAAUUAACACAUCCAGAAUAUUCAAUUGAAUCAUGUUGUAAUUAUAAUCAAACUUUAAUCUUACAAACCAAUAUGUUGGUAGCGGGUGGUAUAUUUGGUAGAUGUAGUAGUUGUAUGGUUAAUCUUUAUAAUCUAUGGUGUGCAUCGUCAUGUUCACCCUAUCAGAAAUCAUUUAUGGUACCAACUAAAGUUGAUAAUAAAACUGACCAAAUCAUUAGCAUCGAUUUCGUUUUACAUCCAGAUUUCGCCAAUGGUUUAUAUAAUUCAUGUAGAGAUGUACAUGCCAAUGGUGCUCAACCAUUUGGUGUAAUGUUUCCAACUGCACAAUUGUUCUUCACUGGUGUUUUCUCUGCAGUGAAUCCAACAUUCAAAGAAUUAAAUUGGGUUUUUAAUAAUGAAGGUUAUAAUGAUGCAAUCGUACCAUGUUCUGAAGGUUGUUCUUGUGAUCAAUGUCGUGAUGCUUGUUUACCUCCCCCUUCCUAUAAAGAUAUUGGUUUAUUAAAUGAUACAAUCAUUCAAACUCAUUUAUUAAUAGAAGUACCACAUUUAACAAUUUGGAUAGUUUGGUCAUUUUUAUUAUUUUUAUUAUCAUUAUUAUUUGGAUUUAGCAUUUGGUUAAUAUUUAAAUAUUCAUCAAAGAUUAGAUAUUUUAAGGGUAAAAAGUUUAAAACAGUAAUGAUGAUAAUAUUGGGUAUUUUAUUCAUUUGUACAGUAUUGAUACCAUUUGUAACUACUCAUCAAAUGAUAGAUGGUAAAACAGCAAGUUGUAUGUGGAAAUUAGAUGAUGGAAAAGAAUGGAAUUGUUCAUUUGCAAUGGGUGUAUCCAUUUAUAUAAUGAUAACAUUAUUGUUAUUAUCAAUAGUAAUUUUAGCUUGUAUAAUUGUUGAUAAAACAGCUUCAAAUAGAAAUUCAAGAAGAAUACUUGGUAUUAGUGGUGGUAUAAUUAAUCAACAAGUUAAUAAUGAUGAAAUUCAAAAUACCAAUAAUAAUAGAAAUAAUAACAAUAAUAGUGGUAGCAAUUAUUCAAAUAUUUUUCAAAAAGUAUUUUAUUGGUAUGGAAUUAAUAUUACAAAAAGACCAAUAAUAGUUUUAAUAUGUUGUUUACUAUUUACAAUUGGUAUUGGUAUUGGUAUUAUUUCAUUAGAGAUUGAAACUGAUCCAGUAAAAUUAUGGGUAUCACCAGAUAGUAGAUCAGCAAUUGAGAAACAAUAUUUCGAUGAUCAUUUCGGUCCAUUCUAUCGUGUUGAACAAUUAAUUUUAAUACCAAAACAAAAGAAUUUAUCAACGAUUUUCAAUUAUGAUUUAUUUAAAUCAUUAAUUGAUAUAGAGACACAACUAAUGAAGAAUACAAGUGUAAAGCUUAAUGAUGGUUCAAAUAGGAUUAUAACAUUGGAUCAAUUAUGUUUUGAACCUACUAAACGUGGUUGUUUGGUUGAGAGUAUAACAGGUAUUUUUCAACGUGAUCAAAAUAAAUUAAAUCAACAAAAGGAUAAUGUAAUUGGUUGGUUUGAACAAUGUAAAUCACAAUUACUUUCACCAGAAUGUAUGGAUUCAACUGGUGUACCUGUAAAUCCAAAGAUAGUAUUGGGUGGUUGGAAUGAUAAUUCAACGUUGGCAAAAGCAUUUGUCACCACUUUCCUAUUGAAUAAUCCAGAUUCAAUGAUUGAUAGAUCAAUGAUGUGGGAACAAGUUUGGUUAAAUAAAAUUCAAGAGAUUUCAAAUGAUCCUUCAUGUCCAUUCGAAAUAUCAUUCAAUGCUCAAAGAUCAGUACAAGAUGAAUUGGCAAGAGAAGGUAAUGCAGAUAUACCAACGAUUAUCGUUAGUUAUUUCGUUAUGUUUUUAUAUAUCUCCCUUAGUUUAGGUAGUUAUUACCCAUUUCCAAGAAGAUUCAAUUCAUUUUUCAUUCGUUCAAGAUUUGCAUUGGGUCUAUCUGGUAUUUGUAUAGUUGCAUGUUCAAUUAUAAUCUCUGUUGGUAUUUGUUCAAUUCUACGUAUAAAAGCAACUCUAAUCAUUAGUGAAGUUAUACCAUUCUUAGUGUUAGCCAUUGGUGUUGAUAAUAUAUUCAUUUUAGUAAAUACUUUUGAAUCUUUACAUGUUGCAUCAUCAUCAUCAUCAUCAUCAAUUAGUGGUUUUAAUCAAAAUCAUCAUCAAAUGCCAACACCAGAAGAAUCAUUUGCUCGUACACUUGCAAAGGUUGGUCCAUCAAUUGCAUUAGCAUCAUUAAGUGAAUCAUUUGCUUUCCUAUUAGGUUCCUUAACUAAAAUGCCAGCAGUAAAAGCAUUUUCAUUCUAUGCUUCAAUUGCAGUUUUCUUUGACUUCCUAUUACAAAUUAGUGCAUUCGCUUGUUUAUUAGUUUUAGAUACAAAACGUUUACAAUCAAGAAGAGUUGAUUGUUUACCAUGCUUAUCAUUAAAUGGUGAUAAUUCAGAUUUAGAAGAUGAUCCAUUUGAUAAUAUUGAUCAACAAUUAAAUAGUAAUAAUAAUAAUAAUAAUAAUAAUCUUAAUAACAAUGAUAACAAUAAUAAUAAUAAUCAAGAAGAAAUUGAAAAUGAACCACUUUUAAUUAAUGGUGAAGAUGAUGAUAGAAAUGAUAAUGCUCAUAAUUUUAAUUAUGAUGUUGAUGCAUUAAAUGUUGUUGAUGGUUUAAAUAUUAAUAAUGAAGAAUCAUCACCAUUAUCAAAAAAGAGAAUGUUAAAAAAGAAAUCAAAAAAGAAAACAACAUUAUUAAAGGAAUUAUUUACAAAAUAUUAUGCUCCAUUUUUAGUUCAUCCAAUUUCAAAAUUAUUAAUUAUAAUAUUCUUUAUUGCAAUGUUAUUGUUUUCAAUAAAUUAUGCAUAUCAAAUUCCAAUUGGUUUAGAUCAAAAGGUUGCACUACCAAGAAACUCUUAUCUUCAAGCUUAUUUCACAAAUAUGAAUCAAUUCUUAGAGGUUGGACCACCAAUGUAUAUAGUUGUAAAAGGAAAUUAUGAUUUCUCCAUACCAUCAAUUCAAAAUCAAUUUUGUACAGUAGGUGGUUGUAAUAAUAAUUCAGUUAUAAAUACAUUUGAUAAUGCACCAUUCAUUUCACCUGGAAUUUCAUCAUGGUUAGAUGAUAUGUUACAAUGGAGUAAUACUGUCGGUUGUUGUACAGCAUUCGAUAAUGGUACCUAUUGUAAUAGUGAUGAACCUGGUUGUGAUCAACAAUGUUUCCCAUUGGAAAAAUCUGGUAGACCCGAUCCAUCACUAUUUAAAAAGUAUUUACCUGCAUUUUUAAAUUUCACAAAUACAGAUCAAUGUCCAUUGGCAGGUUUAGCAUAUACUGGUGAUGUAAAAUUCAAUAGUGAUGGUAGUAUUGCAGCAACUCGUUUCGAUGCUUAUCAUACAACUCUAAGAACUCAAAAUGAUUUCAUCAAUGCACUUGCCACAAGUUAUUAUUUGGCUGACCAUUCAGAUGCUCAAGUUUUCACUUAUAGUAUUUUCUAUUGUUACUUUGAAGCUUAUUUAACCAUAAAACAAGUGGCAUUAAAAGGUAUUUUAUUGGCAUUGGGAAGUGUAUUUUUCGUAUCACUAGCUAUAUUAAUGAAUCCAUUGGUUUCAAUAUUGGUUGUACUUUGUGUUGGUAUGACGGUUGUUGACCUUUUGGCCGUCAUGACAUUAUGGGAUAUAUCUUUGAAUGCAAUCUCUGUCGUAAAUUUAAUUAUGGCUGUUGGUAUAUCAAUAGAAUUUUGCGUUCAUAUUGCAAGUACAUUCAUCAGAUCACCAAAACAUUAUUCAAGAGAUGAAAAGGUUAAAUUUGCAAUAUCAGAAAUGGGUGCAAACAUAUUUAGUGGUAUCUUUAUCACAAAACUUUUAGGUUGUGUAGUUUUAGCUUUUUCAAAAUCAGAAAUCUUUAUCAUAUACUAUUUCAAAAUGUAUAUAAGUAUUUGUUUAUUAGCAGCUGUUCAUGGUUUAGUCUUAUUACCAGUUUUAUUAUCAAUAUUUGGUACAAACAAAUUUUCUUUUGAAAAAUUUUUAACUUUUAAAAAAGAUAGUUAA